AUGAGCACCAACGAUACUAAUUUAGUAUUAGACGCGGAUACGGGAGAGAUGGUUUCUAAGAACGAACUGAAGAGACGUAAUAAGGCGAGAGAAAAAGCAAAGAAGGCAGCGAGCGCACCUGCACACACUGAAACUGGGAAGACUGCUAACGCGGAAGAUGCUGAAGAAAAUCUCAACCCUAAUCAAUAUUUCGAAAUUCGUUCCAGAAAGAUUCAAGAGUUACGAGCAAGCAAGAAUCCUGCUCCAUAUCCACACAAGUUUCAAGUCGAUAUCUCAUUACCAAGCUUCAUUCAGAAGUACGGCAGUCUAGAGCCGGGUGAACAUUUGUCUGAUGUGGUACGAGUCGCUGGAAGAAUACAUAACAAGAGAGCAAGUGGCGCGAAAUUGAAGUUUUAUGAUCUGCAUGCAGAUGGCGUGAAGAUUCAGAUUAUGGCACAAGCGCAAGAUUCCGAGCGUGAUUUUGCUGAAGUUCAUGAUAUCUUGCGGCGAGGCGAUAUCGUAGGCGUCCGGGGAUGCCCUGGAAAGUCUAAGCGUGGCGAGCUGUCAAUCUUUCCGAAGGAUUUAGUUUUACUCUCUCCCUGUCUUCAUAUGUUGCCCAAAGCACAUUAUGGAUUUAAGGAUCAAGAGUCGCGUUAUCGACAGCGUUAUUUAGACUUGAUUAUGAACAAUCCUGUUCGCGAAAAGUUUAUCAUCAGGGCCAAGAUAGUUGAGACUCCAAUGAUGAACUUGAUUGCAGGUGGAGCGACCGCCCGGCCUUUUAAGACUCAUCACAAUGAUUUAAAGUUAGAUAUGUAUAUGCGCGUAGCGCCUGAGCUGUAUCUCAAACAACUCGUAGUUGGUGGCUUAGACAGGGUUUACGAAAUAGGAAGACAAUUUCGUAAUGAGUCAAUUGACUUAACCCAUAAUCCUGAGUUUACCACAGUUGAAUUCUAUAUGGCGUACGCAGACAUGUACGACUUGAUGGAGAUUACCGAAUCUAUGCUUUCGGGUAUGAUUAAGGAGAUAACUGGUGGAUAUAAAAUCCAGUAUCAUCCUCAUGGCCCAGAUGGUGAAGCAUUAGACAUUGACUUCACUCCUCCAUUUAAGAGGAUUAACAUGAUUGAAGAACUAGAGAAGAAAUUGGGAGUUCAAUUCCCUCCAGCUAAGGAUUUGCAUACAGCGGAGACUAAUAAAUUCCUUAAUGAAUUAUGUGCGAAACAUAACGUUGAGUGUCCGGCGCCUCGAACGAAUGCAAGACUAAUCGACAAACUAGUAGGCGAUUUUAUUGAAGUGAAUUGUAUAUCUCCGACAUUUUUAGUUGGCCAUCCACAAAUGAUGUCCCCAUUAGCGAAGAAUCACCGAGAUAUUCCAGGAUUAUGUGAACGUUUCGAGUUAUUUGUAGCAACCAAGGAAGUGUGUAACGCUUAUACAGAAUUGAAUGAUCCUUUCGAUCAAAGGGAUCGAUUCGAAGAACAAGCAAGACAAAAAGAACAGGGUGAUGAUGAAGCACAGUUGAUUGAUGAGACCGGUGGAUGGGGUAUGGGUAUAGAUCGAUUAACAAUGUUCUUAACUGAUAGCAAUAAUAUUAAAGAGGUUCUCCUGUUUCCCGCCAUGAAGCCUAUCGAAGAAGCCAAA